AUGUUGAAAGCUUUAGUUUGUUUAUUAUUCGUUGGAUACGCUUCUCCGAUGGAUGGCAAUCAACAAACCAAAUUACCUCAAGCUCAAUCUUCAAUUUUCACUUCGCAAGUUAUCAGCUAUAGUGGGGGGAACUCACAAUACCAAAACAACCAUGACAUCUUUCACGCUCUCCUUGUCGAGCAAACACCUGAGGGUAGUUUGAGGAGUAAGUUUCAAACUGAUAACGAGUUUCAAGCUCAGGGGACAAAGAAGGAGACAAAAGUGAGCACCCCGAAAUGGCGUCUUGGUGCUGGUGCAUUUUUAAACAAGGAAAUCGACGAGGGUUCCACCGAAAAGGAAACCACAUUUAUCCCCACUAUAAUCGAACUGAAAUCAUCCGGUCCGGAAUCUGACUCGAACUCAGACUGGGAUUCUGAUUGUGAUUCAUCAUCGGAAAGUGAUAACAAGAAGAAGAAAAAGACGUUCAAAUUAUUUAGUUUAGAGGAUGUGACUGUUACCGACGAAGAGGAUCAGAAAAUGGUUAUUGAGAAAAGUGUGAAUUCAGGUAAUUUUACAGCUAUCAACUACGCCAAUAUUAGCAAUUCGGACCCCAUUGACGCAAUGCUUGAUUCCAAAGCGUUCAUAUUGCAAUUUAGUACUCUCGCUUAUAUAAUUUCGUGCAGUAUCUAUCUCUUCUUAAUAUAA